AUGGUAAGAGGUUCAGUUGAGGAUGUCGCGCCGCGCAACGGCUCGGGGGAUGCCAAUGUCAAUGCAGAUGUUGAACUGGAAAAAAUGGGAUACAAGGGGGAGCUGCCGCGAAAUUUGGGAAUGUUGAGUGUAUUGGGCCUGUCCUUUGCCAUCAUGGCCGUGCCUUUUGGUCUCAGUACAACCCUGUAUGUCAACCUGAUCAACGGACUCUGCGUUACGAUCUUUUGGGGCUGGGUAUUCGUCACUCUCAUCUCAAUGGCAAUCGCCGCAUCGCUGGCCGAAAUCUGCUCCGUGUAUCCUACAGCGGGCGGCGUAUACUACUGGAGCGCAAUUUUGGCGACAAAGAAAUGGGCACCAUUGAUGUCUUUUAUCGACGGUUGGCUGACGCUAGUGGGCAACUGGACCGUCACCCUCAGCAUCAACUUCUCUGGAGGCCAGCUGAUUCUCAGUGCUUUUACACUAUGGAAGGAAGAUUUUGUCCCCAAUGGGUGGCAGACAGUCUUGAUGUUCUGGGCAGUGAUGCUGUACUUAUAUAUCAUUAACAAAAUAUGCAUAUACUGGACGGCUGCGAGUGUGGUUAUUAUUAUGGUUACUUUACUAUCCAUGGCAAAACAUAGGAACCACGCCAGCUUUGUAUUUGGGCAUUUCGACGCCUCCACAAGUGGAUGGCCGGACGGCUGGUCCUUUUUUUUAGGUUUGCUUCAAGCCGCAUACACCCUAACAGGGUACGGCAUGGUGGCAGCAAUGUGCGAAGAAACCCAAAACCCUCACCGCGAAGUUCCCAAAGCAAUCGUCUUAUCCGUUGUCGCAGCCGGCAUUACCGGCAUCGUCUAUCUCAUCCCGCUUCUCUUCGUCCUCCCCCCCGUCGAGCUACUCAGAGCUGUCGCUAAUGGCCAACCAAUCGGUCUCCUCUUCAAGACUGUUACCGGUUCUGCAGCGGGUGGCUCCGGACUCCUCUUCCUACUUUUAGGGAUCCAAAUAUUUGCCGGAAUCGGCGCCCUGACGGCUGCAAGCCGAUGCACAUACGCCUUUGCACGGGACGGUGCGAUCCCCGGAUCCAGGUUGUGGCGCAGGGUUAACAAACGCUUUGACGUACCGUUGUGGGGUCUUACCUUAUCCACACUCAUCGAUUGUCUGCUGGGACUCAUUUAUUUCGGCUCUCGCGAGGCAUUUUUCUCCUUCACCGGUGUCGCGACCAUCUGUCUCUCAACCUCAUAUGGGGUGCCAAUUCUCAUCUCUGUCGUGCGCGGACGCACAAAGGUGAGAAAUGCACCCUUCUCGCUCGGCAAAUUCGGCUACACUAUCAAUAUCGCGGCAGUAGUUUGGAUUGCAUUGGCCACUGUGCUGUUUUGCAUGCCUCUUUCCCUACCCGCGACGCCGUCAAAGAUGAAUUAUGCUAGCGUAGUGUUUGCAGGGUUCGCGGUGACCAGCGUUGUGUGGUACUUUGUGCGGGUGCGCAAGGAAUUCAAAGGCCCUCCUAUUAUGUUGGAGGGUGAUGAUCAAAUUCCUAGAAAUUGGUCUGUCCUCGACUUGUCUACGUCUAAGAACAGAACCAACUCCCGGAUUGGUGUUUUUCCAAAACUGCUCAACCGCUAUUUGUUUGGCUUCCCCGUCAGCCUGACGGAACCGAGCUCAAACGAAUUGGCGACGCCGGUCACAGCAGUUGGAACCCACAUUGAAUGGCUGGCUGCACGGGGUAGCCAUCACAUGGAUCAGCUAUGGUCUCGAUGUAAGGGAUUAGACAAUGCGACACCGAGGGACAUUAGAAUGUCUCUAUUCAACUGGUCACCGCUGCUGAAAAUUUUGGACUUCUUUGUCCUGGGAGUGGAAGAUGUAACUAACUCCCCUCCCCGACAGCACAAUAGUCACCCUGUAUUAAAUCUCUACAGAAUUAAAUGUCGACCUCACAACCUGAAAGAACGAACUCUUGGACCAUCCCAUGGAUGGAUCCCCCUCUUUGCAACACUUGUUUCACGAGUAUUCUUACGAUUAUCCGUUUCAAGAAAAGCCAUGAUGGAAUCCACCAUAGUUAGCUCACUCCGACUCGGUUGUCCAGGACACCAUUCAGCCGUAGUUGCAAGCCGAUGGCCAGUCUUCUUUUGGCGAAUACCCGAAUUGGCCCCCAGUAGGAAAACAUAUCCGCGAUAUUCCUGGACAUUGACCACUAAUUCUUGGAGAUUGCCACAAUCACAUUCCAUGCCCGGAAAGAUAUCAGACAACAUGUCAUCCAUUAAGAAAAGAGUUGCCCAGGUUGCUGGCAUGCUCACAGACGCGAAGUCUCCUGAUCAGCUGCCCUGGGAUCCUGAUAUCACAAAGCUCCCUCUUCGUAAGGAUCUGCCUAAGAUCCCCGGUGCUCCCGAGGGUGCCGCUUGGGUUUGGGGAAAAGAUGACUAUAUUGGUAGACUGAAUCUGCUUACACCAAAGCGAGUCAAGGCCGCCGCAGAAGAGAUCAAGACAGGCGAGAUUGUGCCACUCGACCUUCCGUUGAACGUCCCAGAACAGCCUGGAUUUGGUCGCGAGAAAUUUGUCCACACCAUCAAGGCCCUGGUUCCAGGAAUCGCCUAUGACGAUAAAUACGAGCUCAACACUCAGAGUGGAACCCAGUGGGAUGGCUUUAGACAUUUUGCUCACAGAGCAUCUCAAACAUUUUAUAACGGGACCACGGCAGACGACAUCAUGGGCCCCAAUUCCAACCACAAAUGCAGCAUCCACCACUGGGCCGAUACCGGCAUCGCCGGGCGUGGCGUCCUCCUCGACUACCGCACCUACGCCAAAGCCAACGGUAUCAACUACGAUCCUUACACCUCGCACGCUAUCACUUUUGACGAGCUCAUGAAGUGCGGUAAGGCCCAGGGAAUCGACAUCCGCCCUGAGUCUCAGGGUGGAGAUAUCAAGGUCGGCGAUAUCCUCCUAGUCCGCUCAGGGUUUGUCGAGAGCUACUAUGAACGUACUCCGGAGGAACGCACGAAGCUAGCUCUGCGUGGGCAUGCCCCUGGGGAGUAUAAGAAGGGUGACAGGGAGCAGUCUGAGAAGGAGCAGUAUGCCGGGUUGGCGCAGGAAGAGGCCAUUAUUGACUGGUUGCAUGACUGUUACUUUGCUGCGGUAGCGGGAGACGCCCCGUCCUUCGAACGCUGGCCAACCCCAGUCUCAUACUACUUGCAUGAGUAUAUCCUUGCGUUGUGGGGUAUGCCUUUAGGCGAGAUGUGGGAUUUGGAGCGUCUGGCGGAGAAAUGUCGUGAGAAGGGGAGGUGGUUCUUCUUUGUGACAAGUGCCCCUGCAAAUGUCCCUGCUGGCGUGAGUUCCCACCCCAACGCAACGGCGAUCUUCUAA